AUGAUUCCCCAAAUUUCUGUUCGAUAUUUAAAUCAUUCUCACUUUAAUUGUUAUGCAUCGCUCAUCAACAAAUUGUCACUUCUGUCUCGUACUUGUUCUAGUGCUAGUGAUAAUGCCCUAAAAUUAAAUUAUAUCAAUGGACAACGAUGCCAUGUUGCUGAUGAAGCGGAAGAGCGAUUCAAAAUCAGGGAGCCAGCUACCAAUAAAUUAAUAGGCAACUUGUCAAGUUCUGGACCCAAAACUGUAAAUGAUGGAGUAAAGAGCGCUCUAUCAGCAUUUCCUGAGUGGUCAGCCCAAACAUCCAUAGAUCGUGGUCGUGCUCUCCUUAGGAUAUCGAAGCUAUUAAGGCAAAGAAACGAAGAGAUCGCCAGGUUGGAAGUAAGAGAUACUGGCAAACCGAUAAGCGAAGCCAGAUGUGAUGUUGAAAGUGCCGCUGAAUGCUUCGAAUAUUUCGGUGGGAUUGCUGCAACUUUAUCAGGUCAACACUUUGAAUUUGCUAACGGUUCGUUCGCAUAUACGAAGCGGGAACCAUUAGGAGUUUGUGUAGGUAUUGGGGCUUGGAAUUUCCCAAUUCAAAUUGUGAGCUGGAAGACGGCACCUGCCUUAGCUUGCGGAAAUACGAUUGUUUACAAACCAUCGCAGAUGACUCCUAUGUCCAGUAGUUUGCUUGGUGAUAUUAUUACUGAGGCUGGAUUACCGCUAGGAUGCUAUAAUGUUGUUCAGGGUGGAUCUCAGACUGGUAGGCUACUUUGUGAGCACCCUUCUGUUGCUAAGGUAUCAUUUACUGGAUCAGUUCCUGUUGGUAAGAAGAUUAUGUCAUAUUGCUCUAGUGGUGUCAAGCAUUCCACUAUUGAAUUAGGUGGUAAAUCACCACUGAUCGUUUUUCCAGACAGCGAUAUCGAUAAUGCAGUAUCUGGUACGCUUAUGGCGAACUUCCUAUCUCAAGGGCAGGUUUGCUCCAACGCUGCAAGGGUUUAUAUUCAUGAUAGUAUCAUUGAUGACUUUGUUACUCGAUUAAUGGAGCGCACAAAAAAAAUGAUAAUUGGAGAUCCUUUCAAGCAAGAAACCCAAGUUGGCGCAUUAAUUUCUGAGGAACAUUACCAUAGAGUCAAAGCUUACAUUGAUCAGGCUGUGACCGAGGGUGCUCGUAUUCGAUGUGGUGGUGAGAGAGUUGUAUUCGAUAAUUCAGAAUUAGCUGGUGGAUUUUAUAUGUCACCUUGCGUUCUGGAUUCUUGCCACGACGACAUGACAAUUGUCAAGGAAGAAGUCUUCGGUCCAGUCGUAUCUAUUCUAUCAUUCAAAGAUGAAGAAGAAGUACUUGAGAGAGCGAAUAACACCGUAUUUGGACUCUCGGCUGGAGUAUUCACAAAAGAUAUCCAACGAGCUCAUCGAGUCAUAGCAAAAUUGCAAGCGGGAUCAUGCUGGAUCAACAACUAUAAUAUAUAUCCUACCGGUUUUCCAUUUGGAGGCUACAAGGAGUCUGGCAUCGGUCGUGAAAAUUGUGCGCAAACCCUUAACCACUACUCUCAAUUAAAAACUGUCUAUGUUGAAAUGGGCGACGUCGAUUGUCCAUUUUAG